AUGUCUGCGCAGCCUUCUAACGAGACGGUAGUCGAUGUCAGUGCUGACAUCAUCAUUGUUGGAGGUGGAUUCAGUGGUUGUUAUGCUCUCUUCAAACUUCGACUCAUGGGAUACACGGUGAAAAUCCUCGAGGCUUCUACAGGUUUCGGAGGGGUCUGGAGAAUGAAUCGCUAUCCAGGAGCUCGAGUUGAUAGUCAAACACCUACAUACCAAUUGUCCCUGCCAGAAGUUUGGGAAGAUUUCAACUUCUCUGAGCUGUAUCCUGACCACCAUGAACUCAGAAGAUACUUUGACCACAUGGACAAGGUGCUUGAUCUUCAAAAAGACACCUACUUUAACACAAGGGUUCAGGAAGUUAAAUACAAUCAGGAGAAGAGGACGUGGAGCUUUAAAGCACAUGGAUUAACGGCUACAUCUACUUACGCAAUCUUUGCGGUUGGAUCCUCUUGUGAACCAUAUAUCCCAGACUGGCCAGGAAAGUCCAAUUUCAAAGGGCAGAUCAUCCAUCCUGCCUCUUGGCCAGAGAACUUCGAAACGGACGGCAAAAGGAUUGGUGUUAUUGGACAAGGAGCGUCUGGAAUUCAAAUUGUACAAGAACUGGCCAAGGAAAACUGCGAACUUUCAGUGUUCAUUCGUACCCCUUCGAUGUGCUUUCCCAUGAAUCAGAGAGCUAUAUCUACUAGCGACUCCGAUUAUCAGAAAGGCUAUUAUGACGCUAUUCUUGACUGCGCAAAGUACAAUACAGAAGACGGGUACCCUUUCAACCAUCAUACACGUUGCUGGCGAGAUGAAACUGAAGCAGAACGGCAACGCCUUUAUGAACGGCUUUGGAAGCGAGGGGGUUUUGGCUUCCUCGUAUCCAAUUAUCCGGAUCUGUUAACAAACAAGGCCUCAAAUGCCAGUGCAUACAACUUUUGGGUGCAGAAGAUAAGGGAAAGGAUAAGAGAUCCUGUCAAAAGAGAUAUCCUAGCCCCAACAAAACAGCCAUAUUGGAUGGGUGCAAAACGACCUAGCCUAGAGCAAGAUUACUACGAAUCAGUGGACCGACCCAACGUAACAUUGAUUGACCUUAAGAAAUCACCUAUUCAAAAAUUCACAGAGGAGGGCAUUGUCACGGAAGACGAUGAUGCUAGUAAGCUCUGGAAGUUAGACGUGAUAGUAGUAGCAACAGGCUAUGACAACCUUACGGGUAGUCUUUUCAAGAUGAACAUUCAUAAUAAGGAAGGCGUCAAACUUCAAGACACGUGGAAGAAUGGAAUCCGUACGCAUCUGGGAAUGUCAGUACCUGGUUUCCCAAACGCAUUCUUCCUGUAUGCGCCACAGGCACCAAGCUCGCUUGCCAAUGGACCGCCUUUCAUCGAGUUGCAGGUGAACUGGCUGGCACAACUUUUCGAAAGGAUUCGCAAUGACAAAGUUGAGUUAAUUGAAGCGUCUGAGGAGGCUGCAUCUAUUUGGAAAACCCUUAUUGGGAUCUGUUACGAGAAUUCAUUGUCGGCAGAGACUAAUUCAUGGUGGGUGGGAGCAAACAUUCCGGGCAAGAAGCAUGAGCCACUAGUCUGGUUCGGAGGCAUAAAGUCUUGGUGGGAUAAAUGCCAAAGCGCGCUGCAGGGAUGGGAGGACUCGGGAUUUCUGGUUCGUAAAAACGAAGAUAGAAAGGUUCAGGUACGACUUUGA